AGUUUCCCACAUCUACGAAUUUAAGCGUGAAGAGCGAACUGAUCAACUCUCAACAUGACGAAGACAGAAAGCGUCAAAAGAUUAAAGCCCGUGAUAGAGAAGAAGAGAAGAGACCGAAUCAACCAUAACCUAGAUGCGUUAAGAGAUCUGCUUUUCAAGAACACUGCAGACACGCGUUUACAAAAUCGCAAACUGGAAAAAGCUGAGAUUUUAGACCUUGCAGUUCAGUACAUCAAAAAGACCACAAGAAAAACGGAGACAAAUGUGACUUGCACUCAGAAGCAGUCUGUUUCUACGGGCCCCAUCUGUGACUUCUAUGAACCAGAUUUCAACGGGAGGUUUAAAUCAUCCGAGCAGAAGGAGGUUCUUCUGAAACUGGGGGUCAACCAUAAUAACCUAACGGGUGCUACCAAAGCAGGAAAUGAACCAGUGGUGCAGACGGGCUUCCCUCUAUCACCAUCAGGCCAGAACUACCAGCAGGAUCUUCUCUUACACCCUGAAUCAUCUUUGGAUGGCUCCAAACUUUUGCAUCAGUUGACUUCUCCCCCCAGUUCAUUAUUAUCAUCAUCAUCAUCACCACAAUGUAGCUCCCCGCCAUCAUCUCCCACUUUUACCAGUUUAUUCUCCCCUCCCAGUAACUCCCCUCCAUAUCUAUUCAUUCCUUGUCCUCUACCUGCUCCUUCUGAUUCACAGUCACCUCUUUUAACACCACUUUCACUCCAUAGGCCUGUUACUGUGCUUCAGUCUGUUCUGCCAAACAUGUCUAGAGAUUUUACCCCACCGCAAUCUCCUGUACUGGCUCUUAGACAAGAACCUUUUUCUCUUCCAACCCAGUCCAUAUGGAGAUCAUGGAGCUGAACUCUUACAUUGGUGUGUUUUUCUAUUUUACUUAGGGACUGCUCCAGUGGAGAAAUGACCUCCCAGAAAGUCCUAACGUGACAUAUGGUGUGGCAUGAGCAUAGGGUUAUCACUUGUGUUUCCUCCAGUUACUAUUACUUUUGUCAUGUUUUCGAUGACAUAUACUUUUCACUUGACUAUUUAUUGUUUUUGACCGAUGUUUGUCUUCACCUGUAGCAAUGAAA